CAUUUGCCAUCUAAACAAUUCAAUUGACUGUUUUCCCUUUUUUUUUCUUCUUUCUUUUUCUGCAACCAGGUUCUACUUCCUUUUCUUUGGUUAAUCUAUUAGGAACUUAGUACAGUACAUAUCAAUCAUAUCUAACAAUGGCUCCUCCAGUAACUGUUCCUGUUGGUGAAGCUCGUCCUGGUGAAACCGCACCAAGAAGAAAAUACGCCAAUCGCGAUGCUACCCUCAUCAGACCUCGUGAUUCCAACGCCACCACCAUUCCUGAAUUCCUUGACGAAUGUUUUGCUAGAAACGGCAACACUAGAGCGAUGGGGUGGAGAAAGUUGAAGGAAAUCCACGCGGAAAAGAAGGAAGUCACUAAGAUUGUUAACGGUGAAGCCACCAAGGUCGAAAAGGAAUGGCUUUACUAUGAAAUGUCCGAUUACCAAUACAUCUCGUAUCCUGAAUUACUGAAAUUGAUUAAGGUAUACUCUAAGGGUUUGCUUGAAAUUGGAAUCAAGCCAAACCAAGAAAACAAGGUGAUGAUUUUCCAUGGCACUUCCCACUACUGGUUACAAACCUUUAUGGCUUGUGCAUAUCAAAAUAUCCCAAUUGUUACCGCCUAUGAUACUCUUGGUGAACGUGGUUUGACCCAUUCCCUUGUUCAAACCGAAUCCGAUGCCAUUUUCACUGAGCCUCAAUUAUUGAGUGCUUUAAUUGAACCUUUGAAGAAGGCCACCCAUGUCAAGACCAUUAUCCACAGUGAACCAAUUGACGAAAAAGACACCAGACAUGGUGGUAAGUUGUACAAGAAUGCCCAAAAGGCCAAAGCCAAGAUUCUUGAAAUUAGACCUGAUAUCAAGUUUAUCUCCUACGAUGAAAUCCUUGAGCUCGGUAAGACUUCCAAGAAUGAGACACACUAUCCUAAACCUGAAGACUUAUUAUGUAUCAUGUACACCUCUGGUUCUACCGGUGAUCCAAAGGGGGUUGUUAUCAGCAACACGAACCUUUUGGCUGCCAUUGGUGGGUUAUCUGAAAUUGCAGAUCAUAAAUUGGUGCAACCUCAUGAUCGUGUUAUUGCAUUCUUACCCUUGGCUCAUAUUUUCGAAAUGAUGUUUGAAUGUAUCAGUAUGUGGUGGGGUGUCCCAUUGGGUUAUGCCAAUGUCAAGACUUUAACUGAUGCCAGUUGCAGAAAUUGUGAAUCUGAUUUAGCUGCUUUCAAGCCAACAGUCAUGGUUGGGGUUGCUGCCGUGUGGGAAUCCGUGAGAAAGGGUAUUCUUGCUAAGGUUGGCCAAGCUUCUCCAUUACAGCAAAAGAUUUUCUGGUCUGCUUACAAGGCCAAGAGUGUUCUUAGUCAUUACCAUAUCCCUGGUGCCAAUAUCUUUGAUGUUGUGUUCAAGAAGGUUAAGCAAGCUACUGGUGGUCAUUUGAGACUUAUUUUGAAUGGUGGGUCGCCUAUCUCGGUCGAUGCUCAAGUUUUCCUUUCUAACUUGAUUAGUCCUAUGUUGUUGGGUUACGGGUUGACUGAAACCUGUGCCAAUGCCACUGUGACCGAGCCAGAACGUUUAGAACCAGGUGUUUUGGGUACCUUGACUGGUGCCAUUACUGCCAAAUUAAUUGAUGUGCCCGAUGCAGGAUACUUUGCCAAGGACAACCAAGGGGAAAUUCUUCUUCAAGGUGCUUGUAUUACCAAGGAAUAUUUCAAGAACGAAGCUGAAACAGCCGAAGCUUUUACUGAAGAUGGUUGGUUCAAGACUGGUGAUAUUGGUGAAUGGACUUCUAACGGUGGAUUAAAGAUUAUUGACCGUAGAAAGAACUUGGUCAAGACCUUGAAUGGGGAAUAUAUUGCCUUGGAAAAGUUGGAAUCAGUUUACAGAUCGUCACCUCUCGUGCUUAAUGUUUGUGUUUACGCUGAUCAAACCCAAGUCAAACCAGUUGCUAUUGUUUUACCUGCUGAAGCUACUUUAAGAAAACACUUGGUUAGUGAACAUGUUUACAGUCAAGCCGAUAUUGAUAAGACCGAAUUUGCUGCCUUGUGCCAUGAUCCAAAGGUUGCCUCUUCAUUCACCAAGAGUCUUAUUUCUACCGGUACUCACCAAGGCUUGAAGGGUAUUGAAUUGAUUCAAAAUGUUGUUCUUUUAGACGAUGAAUGGACUCCACAAAACGGAUUUGUGACAUCAGCACAAAAGUUACAAAGAAAGAAGAUUUUAGCUAGUUGUAAAGACAGAGUUGAUGCUGCUUACAAGGGAAAAUAAGUUUGAUUUCCGUCUAAGGGGAGUUGUUUUUUUUAUAGGAAGUAAUUUUUUUUUUUAUAUAUAUAGUAAUGUUUACUUGAUAGUGUAACUGUCUCAUCAUAAUAUAGGUGUUAAUAACU